GGCAUGACGCGGUUGGUGACUCUAGAGCCAAACGAACGCAUCUACCACAGCAUGGUGCCAGCCUUCGCCAGAAACCAAUCUAUAAAACUCAACCUAAAUGUGGACAAAAAGCAACCGUUGCUUCAACCGUACUACGUUCACACGGCCAAGAGGAGGGACGAGGCGUAUGAGGUGUUUGCGUGGCCCUCUGGACCUAAGAUAAUGGAGUUCCAGAAAUUCUUUAUGCAGACUAGUUGGUUUGACACAGUUCACAGUGGGAAAUUCUACCACACUAAGACCCAC